CCUCUGCCGCCCCCACCCGCCCACUCCCACAUGAACGUGUGGGGACAGACAGCGGGCAGACGUGUGACUCUGCCCAUGGGACCGCAAAGCCAGGGCCGCCAGUCUGGAGCAGGACUCCUGUGUCCAGGCCUAGGGGAGGGGACGAGAAGCAGGCUUUGGCCCCUGUGUGUGUCCCCGGUCUCUUGCCGGGGCGCUGUCUGCAGACUCACUGCGGAGCGCAGGCCUUGGGGAGGGAGCCCUCAGGGAGCUGGGCCCUGAUGCUCCGGACAGCCCUCUUCAGUCCCCACCCAACUAGGGAUGUUGGGUUAAUAGGCACUUAGACCCAGGACCCCUGCCUGGGAAGAGGGAGGGGACACUAGUCACCUCUGAGUCAGAGACAGGGCCACAGUUGGGCCUGGUGAGUUCCAGGAGGGUGGCCCCAGCCUAGGGGCCUCUCUUGCAUCCCCUCCCUGGCUCCAGCACUAUGCCCCGUUUAUUUCCCAGCAAUUCUCCAGAAAGGGUUGAUUUCUGUGCAGGGAGCGUGGCGUUCGGGAGAAUCUGCAGUCCAGGUGGAGGCCGCAGAGGGCCCGGGGCAAAACAGGGGCAGCAAUGGUGGGUCCUGACGGUGGCUGAGCCCCCAGCCCCUGGAAUAUGCAGCCCGGGGGAGCCCCAGGCAGCGGCGAGGACGCGGUGGCGGAGCGGGGCGGGAGGCAUGGUCUCCACCUACCGGGUGGCCGUGCUGGGGGCGCGAGGCGUGGGCAAAAGUGCCAUCGUGCGCCAGUUCCUGUACAACGAGUUCAGCGAGGUCUGCGUGCCCACCACCGCCCGCCGCCUCUACCUGCCUGCUGUCGUCAUGAACGGCCACGUGCACGACCUCCAGAUCCUCGACUUCCCACCCAUCAGCACCUUCCCUGUCAACACACUGCAGGAGUGGGCAGAUGCCUGUUGCAGGGGACUCCGGAGCGUCCAUGCCUACAUCCUGGUCUACGACAUCUGCUGCUUUGACAGCUUUGAGUACGUCAAGACCAUCCGCCAGCAGAUCCUAGAGACGAGGGUGAUCGGCACCUCGGAGACGCCCAUCAUCAUCGUGGGCAACAAGCGGGACCUGCAGCGCGGGCGCGUGAUCCCGCGCUGGAACGUGUCACACUUGGUGCGCAAGACCUGGAAGUGCGGCUACGUGGAGUGCUCGGCCAAGUACAACUGGCACAUCCUGCUGCUCUUCAGCGAGCUGCUCAAGAGCGUCGGCUGCGCCCGCUGCAAGCACGUGCACGCCGCCCUGCGCUUCCAGGGCGCGCUGCGCCGCAACCGCUGCGCCAUCAUGUGACAACGCGCCCGCCCGCGGCCGCAUCCCGACGGGCGGGGACCUCCCCGGGGACUGCCGGGCUCGGGCGCGGAGGGGCGGGGUAGGACUCUGACGGUCCGGGCCUGCGACGGCCCCGCAGCCGCGCGCCUCCCGGUGAGGGGCGGAGGACGAGAGAGCCUCCGGUAACUGCCCAGUCCAAGCCCUCUCCUGGGCCAGCGGUCUUCCUGGGCCCGCUGCCCUUAGUGCUGGAGUUAGCGCAGUGCCGGGCCAGGCCCCCAAGGGGCGCCUCAGCCUUUGGGGAUUGGCGGUGAGCGCGGGGUAUGGGGGUGGGGGUGGGGAGGUGCUGCCUUGGCCGGGGCCCCCACCCGUCUUCUCCAGAGAGUGUGUCUGUCAUUGCCCUGCGUCGUCUACUCCUGUGUCUGUCUGCCCAAGCGUCUGUUGUCCCUUAGCUGUCUUAUCCACCCUCCGGUCCACCUUCCCGCCCCCGGCUCCGUUCACAGGGCUCUCACUUCGUUCACCCCCUUGUCGCAGAUCCUGGCAGCUUCUCUGUGAGGCCAGCCUUUGGACCGUCAGCACCACGGGCACAGGGCAGAGAGAUGCGGGUGGCCCAAGGACCAUAGUCAGGGUCCGAGGGUUGAGGUCAAGGGUCAGUCAGGGGGAGAAGGCUGAGUUCUCCCCCUUCCAGGGAGAUCUCCCCGCCCAGCAGCCCCCAGAGACACAACAACCUACCUUCCAGCCUUAACUCGAUGGUCCAUCCCUGCUGGGUGCCCCUCAUCCCCUUCCUGACCCCAAAGCCAGAUCACCCCCUGGGUUAAAACUUUUUGUUUUCCUUGACAGUGUGGAGAGGGAAUCCCCCAAAGGAUAAAUUUAUUUCCAUGAUGCCAGAUUCCAGCCCUCUCUUCCCCCUUGCGUUGGGUGGUCUGCGAGAUUGGGGGAUGUUGGGUUUGGGGGGCUGGUGGUGGGCAAGGUGGUGCCCUGUGAGGGGGAGGGGUUAGGUUGUGCUAGUGAAGACUCUUAUCUCCCCAUCCCACUCCAAUCUGACUGCCCCAGACCCUACCUGCCUUGAAUCUCAGAUUUCUCUGAUAAAUCUGGGGAGGGGCAGAGCCAGGAUAAGAAUUAUGGAGACCCCUGUCCUUGGGGGAGAUAUGCCCACAUACCCACCCCUAGAUGGAGGCCCUCAGGAUCUGAUGCCCCCUUGUCCCAACACCAAUUGGCCCUAUGCCCUGACUCACUCCACCCCAUUUUCUCCGGCCACCUGGCCGGUUUCUACCUCUCGUCACCGGAGCUGAUCACUGUCAGUUUUGUACCGAUUUAGAAAUAACAAAAUCCAUUGAAGAUACUAGGAGCGGCCUGAGGGAUUACUGGGGUACUCGGAGGGUGGGACCAAUGGCGUGUGUCCCCUGCCCCCAGCUGAGUGCUCCUUGAGGCUGAGCCCUGAGCCCUGGUGUGGUGAGAAGAUAGGAAGGUCCCUUGUUAGAAGACGGGCAGAUAGAACAACCCAGCCUUGAUGUAGCCAAGCUGCAGUGUCUAGACCAGAAAAAUCAGGUAGCCCAGAGUGGUGAUGGAACGGAGUCUGGGGGAGGGGUCAUGGGUGGGGAAUUUAUCCAGAUCUAGUGUGAGAGGGAAUCUGAUUCUCCCUUCUACUUCCCCAGCUGAUUCUCCCUCCACCCAUGGGGUGUAUCCGCAGCCCUGCAGUGACUGCCCUGACCUGGGGCAGUCCCAUAUUCCUGGGUUCUAGUCCCUGCUCUGCUGCAUGACUUUGGGCAAGUGACCCGCUCUCUCUGAGCCUCCCUCUGAAACAGAGGAGGUGGCUCCCCUUCCCCACGCCUUGGGAGUGGCUGGGAGGGUAAGGAAGAGGGCCUGCCCCCUUUUAUCCCCUGCAUCCCUGCCCCCUGGUUCACCAGGGGGCUGGGGUGAGGGAUGGCAGCAUCUCACCUGCCCCAUCACUGUCACCCCUAGCUGAGGCACCUGAGGUGGGUGUGGGGAACCCAGGCCUCUGGCUACCCCUUGUGGGAGCCAUUGGAAUGUAUUGCCUGGCCAACCCCCCUCACCCCCUCCACUGCACCCCAGGUAUUUGAUUUUGAUUCCCUGCACUCCCAUUCUGAGUCUCUGUCCCCACCCACCCAGGGUUUCCCACCACAGGGUCUGGAAGUUUGUGUGUGUGUGAUGCCCAUUGCG